CUGCCUUGACAACGUUUCGUUUCCCCAUCACUUCCGGGCUGAUAACAAGGGCCGUUGAUGCCUGCAGAUUUUCAUUAAAAUAUCUUAGUUUAAUAAAUACAUUGGCGCCAUAGCUGUGAUGUUUUGGGAGUGAUUUGGUCACAAAGCCUACAAAUGAGGUUGGUGUAUUGACGAAAUUCUUCCAAGAGACGCAGGAAUAGAGGAUGAUGAAGAGGCGAGCUGACUAAAACCAAGCUGUCUGUCAGUCCAUCCAACAAACAGAUCUAUCAGAGGAACCACCAGUGCAUGAGAAGGAACACAAUCAGUUUUCGAAAGAAGUGUUGGGGUGUAUCCCUCACACUUCCUGCCCCACCCACCUCAACUCAGACUCCACCCCGUGACCCCUGACAUCCAAGAUGAAACUAAAAGAGGACAUGAACCCACUGCUGCUGCAGGUCUUCCGCUCGGUUGUCUGGGUCUACUCUGUCAUCACCUUCCUGCCCUGGUACCUGCUCUCGGGCGCAGGAGCCAACCUAGACCGGGCGCGGCGGGUCAAGGCACGGUCAGUGAGCGGUCGCCCGGCGGGCCCUUACCGGGCGACCAACCAUGAGGAUGGUAGCCAGCAGAAGCUGGUGUCUUCCUUGCACCCAGGAGUGGACACCCUGGACAAGGUGAUGGAGCAUGGAGCGGCCAGGUUCCCAGAGAGGAACUGCCUGGGCACGAGAGAGGUGCUGAGCGAGGAGGACGAGCUCCAACCCAACGGGAAGGUCUUCAAGAAGGUGAUCCUGGGGGAGUAUCAGUGGAUGUCGUAUGAGGAGACCUAUCAGGCAGCAGUGUGUUUUGGCAGUGGGCUGGCCGCGCUGGGCCAGAGACCUCAGUGUAACAUCGCCAUCUUCUGUGAGACCAGGGCCGAGUGGAUGAUAGCAGCACAGGCCUGCUUCAUAUACAACUUCCCAUUGGUGACGUUGUACUCUACUCUGGGCGGAGCGGCCAUUGCCCACGGUUUGAACGAGACUGAGAUCACCCACAUCAUCACCAGCAAAGACCUGCUACACAGCCGUCUCAAGGACAUUCUGUUGGAGGUGCCUCGGCUGCAGCACAUCAUCGUGGUGGACAGUAAGCCAACCAGUUGGCCCGGCUUCCCCCGCGGCAUCAUGGUCCACAACAUGGAUGCCGUGCAAGAGCUGGGCUCCAGACCCGACAACAUGGCGGUGGCGCGCCGGCGGCCCGUGCCCUCUGACAUCGCUGUCAUCAUGUACACCAGCGGCUCCACGGGCAUCCCCAAGGGCGUCAUGAUCUCCCAUAGCAACAUCAUCGCGGGCGUCACAGGCAUGGCAGAGCGCAUCCCAGACCUGGAUGAGACAGACACCUACAUUGGGUACCUGCCACUGGCCCAUGUUCUGGAGCUGAGUGCAGAGAUGGUGUGUAUCUCUCACGGCUGUUGCAUCGGAUACUCCUCCCCACAGACGCUAGCAGACCAGUCGACUAAGAUUAAGAAGGGCAGUAAAGGAGACACCAGUGUUCUAAAACCUACACUCAUGGCUGCUGUACCGGAGAUCAUGGAUCGGAUCUAUAAGAAUGUGAUGACCAAGGUGGAGGAGAUGAGCAGUGUGCAGAGAACCCUCUUUGUGUUGGCCUACAACUACAAGAUGGAACAGAUCACCAAGGGCUACAAGACCCCGCUCUGUGACAGUCUUGUGUUUAGGAAAGUGCGCUCGUUGCUGGGGGGUCACAUGAGGGUGCUGUUGUCAGGCGGAGCGCCCCUCUCCGCUGCCACCCAGCGCUUCAUGAACAUCUGUCUCUGCUGUCCCGUGGGCCAGGGCUACGGCCUCACCGAGACCUGCGGAGCUGGCACCAUCAGCGAGAUGUGGGACUACAGCACAGGCCGGGUCGGCGCUCCUCUGAUCUGCUCCGAGAUCACCCUCAAGGACUGGGAGGAGGGCGGUUACUACAGCACAGACAAGCCACACCCGAGAGGGGAGAUUGUAAUCGGCGGGCCCAACGUGACUAUGGGUUACUACAAGAACGAGGUGAAGAACCGCGAGGACUUCUUCGUGGACAGCAACGGCCAGCGCUGGUUCUGUACAGGAGACAUCGGGGAGUUUCACCCAGACGGGUGUCUCAAGAUUAUCGAUCGUAAGAAGGAUCUGGUGAAGCUCCAGGCUGGGGAGUAUGUGUCUCUGGGGAAGGUGGAGGCCAUGCUGAAGAACUGCCCUUUCGUAGACAACAUCUGCGCCUACGCAAACAGUGACCAGUCGUACGUGAUUGGCUUCGUGGUGCCCAAUCAGAAGCAGUUAAUGGCGCUGGCAGAGCAGCGAGGGUUACGGGGCAGCUGGGAGGAGAUCUGUAACAACCCUGACAUGGAGAGAGACGUUCUCCACAUCAUCACAGAGGCCGCUCUGUCAGCCAAACUGGAGCGCUUUGAGAUUCCGAGGAAGAUCCGUCUGAGUGCAGAGCCUUGGACACCGGAGACUGGCCUGGUGACCGACGCAUUCAAACUCAAACGCAAGGAGCUCAAAUCACACUAUCAGGAAGACAUCGAGAGAAUGUACGGUGGCAAGUAACACACACGCACACACAGGCAUACGCAAGGAAUCUAACACACGCUAUCUAGAUGACAUGAAAACUGGAGAGAAUGUACGGCGGCAAGUUACACACAAACAGACACAGCCCCCCACCCCCCCACCUUCCCAAGACAGAGGGGCCAAGCCAGUUGGAGGAGCAUCAGUUGCUUGUCUUCGUCAAAAGUUUUUCGGGGUCUGUGUGUUGCUAUGACGACGCUGGCAUCAUGGCGUGACUCGGCCGUGACACGGAAAAUGACACGUUAAUCUUGUCCCGCUCCUCUCCUCCUUUUCUCCUUCCCUUCUCUCUCCUAUCCUCCAUCUAGCAUGUUCUUCGGCCUCUGUGUGUAGUCCAGACACCUGAUAGUAGAAAGGAUGUUUUUUUUUGUGUGAAUGUGGCCUGGAUCGUGUUCAUUAGGCAUCAAACGGAAGAAAACUGACUGAAACAGGGAGGGACUACCUGAACUUGUCCAACAAGAAACGUUUUGCUAUGUUGUGCACUAAUGAAUACGACUCUGAAAAAUGAGGCCCUUCGGUUUAAACGUUCCACAUCCAGGUUUGAAUCUAUGCAGGGAUCCCUUUUAUUGUAUAAAUGUUUUGGGAUGUGGUGAUGUUUUGUUCAUGUUUCGUUGUCUUUCUUUUUUUAACGUAAUCGGUUUGUCUUGGUUCGUUUCCGAAACCUAUUCGAUGAACAUCUUGUGUCUGAGAGAAAUUAGUGUUUUGCGAAACCAUAAGAUUUUUGUAACGCAACUCGCAUUUUUUAUUUGCUUUCCUUAUUUCUUGUUUUUUUCUGAAUGGUUUGUUUCUCAUUUAUCUGUUACCAAACUCACAUUUCCCUCGUCUGCCUCUAGGUCCUGAAGGUUGCUUCUAUUCUAUGGAAGAGUAUGUGUUUACUGACUUGACUAGAUUAAGUCCUAUGUCACUCUGUUACAGAGUGCCAGUGAUGGAAUCUCCUCCCUGCUCUGUGCCCAUGUGUGGCUACGGGCUGAUGUGAUGUGCCUGGGUUGGCUGGUGGAACCUGUUUCUCGUAAUGUAGCCUGAUCCUGGAUCGGUUUUUACUUUAGCCACCUCCUCUUGACUAUUUGUGAGAUGUCAUGAGUUGACCCAGGCAAGAAAUUAUCUGGGACCAGGUAAGUAAUGAUGGGGGGGGGGGGGGGGCUACGGGGAAGUAGGAUGCAGUUGCCCUGUAAAGCUGAUCGAAGUUUAGUUUCUCUUCCCUGUGGUUGAGGCUAGGAUGGGGAGAGGACAAGCUGAACCUUGAUCUGUGCCUAAAGGGCAACUUCUCAGCACGCGACACCAAUCCUACUGUGUCACUUAACCAGUAGGAGGCCGUCUCUGCCACUGGUUCAUCUUUGAAACAUAAUCUGUAUAGUAAUGUCCAAAUUUACAGGGGUGUGUAUGUGUGAUUUGUGCUGAUGUUUGUGUGUGUGUGUGUGUGUGUGUGUGUGUGUGUGUGUGUGUGUGUGUGCGCGCGUUCGUUCUCUGACCGUGAGCUUGUUCCAAGUUCCCUAUGUCUCUGUGAAGCCCGCUGCAUGCCAACCCCACCUGACCUGUAGAAGUCUGUUACCUUUCAAUGUUUCCUCCAGCAAAACGAUGUUACAUACACAGUGUCCUGCUAAACCAGGUCUGUGGCUCCAUAAACCAUGUUAUCACCUGGACGAUCUGGUUCCAUAAAACCACGUAGAUUGUCUUUAUUGACAUUGUGUACCGCAUGGACGUCUCCUAAGAGAGCCAAUGGCUCCCAGUCCAGAUCUGUAGCCGUUUGCCUUUUUUUAGUUGCUCUUCGGCAGACUGUGUGUGUGUGUGUCAUCCAACGGUAGUCCUAUCUACCCCGAUAUCCCUGUUCGUAUUACAGGAAUGCAUUGUCCUAUUUCUUUGUCAUAGCUCUAGUUACUGUUGCUAUUAUUGAUGAAAUAUGAAAUGCAGAUUGAAUGUGCAAUAUUUAUACGAAAUACAAAUUCUAAAACCUAAAGUAUGUAAAGGAAAAAUGCACAGAGAGAGCGAGCCCCUUCACAGUGUAUGAAUGUGUGGGUGCGGGGCCUGUCUCUUUCCAAUUAAAUGUACAAAGAGAACCUGGAGGACAGGCGGACGGACAGAAAACAUUGUUGUAGAAGUAGUAACAUAUAGCCUCUUUACGGUGUGAUAUUAGUGCCAACAGAAAUGUAAUCUGAAUUCAAUCAUCUUGAAUUCAUUCAGAUUUGUCGGCAGUAAUAUGACUCUAUACUUAUUUUUCUGUAUUGUGAAAGUACUGUACCAAUUAUAGUAAUGAAGACUAAUAUUUUGGCCUUGUAAAAGAAAAAUACAAUGGUGAAGAAUAAGGCACUACAGGUGAACAGAUGUAUGUCUCCGGGAAGUUAUUUGGGUUGCAUGAUUCCUUGUGAAUGCACUAUAUACAUUUGUGACGUAUAAUGUAUUCAGAAAUAAAGUCCAAGAUGAAAAGUCAUGUGGGCAAUUCCAUAUGAGAUUUGCUCAGAGAUAUGUCAUCCUUGGAAAGGUACUUUGGGGUAAGGAGGUUUGGCAUACCUUUUUAAAGUUGAAAUCAUUGAUUUAAAAGUUGGAAAGUUCAUGACAUUUUUGCUUUGCCCCAGGCCUUUUGAAGAUAUGACCCAUUUUAUACAUUAAUGGACGUUAUAGGACAUAACCAACUGUGCAAAUCACCAGCAGAGGGAGUUCUGGAUCCGUUCCCACGUGAACUGUGUUGUAGAUGCUCCAAAAAGAGAUCAUCAUUUCAAAAGUAGCAGAGCGACCACUCUGGAAAUGUUAUGUACUUGUAGAGUAUAUUGUUUUUAAACCAUUUCCAAUACUGAACAAAAUUCAAAAAGGGGACUUUUUGAGACAUUUACGAUAAGGCCCGGGUAAGGCCAAAAUUUCACACAUUUCCCAACUUUUAAAUGAGUUAUUUCUCAAUAAUUAUUUUGGGUACAGAUGUCAAUGGUAUUCCAGACAAAAUGAAGUUUUUAUUGAUUUCAUUUCAGGAAGAUUAAAAGCAUCAUAAAUGUCUCUGGGCCAAUCUCGUUUGGAAUUCCACGUACAUUAAAGGCUGCCAUAAAUGUAUUGUCUGCAAAUGAAUUACUGUGUAUGAGCAAUGUACAGUAUAUACCGUAGAAGAAGAACGGCUUGGAUAUUUAGCACAAGGGAUAUUUCAGCAUUUGAAAAGGACCCUCGGUUUUGGGAAGUAGUCCAAAACACUGAUAAUGUUAUGAACGAGGAACCCAGGUGCAGGCUGGUUCCCGUUCUUCUUACAGUUCCUGAUAUUUCAUUGGUUCUUUGUAUUCAAUUUACCAACCAAUGUCUGUCCAGUCUGCUGCUUUGCUAUCCCAUACCAGGCCACAAUUGGUUAAGAAGAUUUGUUCAUAGGAAUAUACAAAGUGCUGUAUCUUGAGUGUUUCUCUGAGGUUAUACGCACAGACAUAUACACAUACAUACACACACGCCUACAUACACUACCAUUCAAUGGUUUAGGGUCACUGAGAAAUUUCCUUUUUUUUUGCAAGAAAAGCAAAAUAUUUUGUUUAUUAAAAUAACAUAAAAUUGAUCAGAAAUACAGUGUAGACAUUGUUAAUGUUGUAAAUGUCUAUGGUAGCUGGAAACGGCAGAUUUUAUAUGGAAUAUCUACAUAGCCGUACAGAGGCCCAUUAUCAGCAACCAUCACUCCUGUGUUACAAUGACAUGUUGUGUUAGCUAAUCCAAGUUUAUUGUUUUAAAAGGCGAAUUGAUCACGGUAGUGUACAUACCUACAUACCUACAUUACAUGUCUUAGUAGUGAAGUCAUCCACUUUAACUACUGAUGUACCUAAAGACAAGGAACAAAGUUUGGUGUACAGAUUAAUUUGACCUCUCGCAUUGUUUCUCAUAGUAAAUAUGUUGGAAGGGGAGGGGUUAAUAUGAUCAAAUUUCCUAAAGAUAUACCAGUUGUGCAGGUGUAAAACCUCAUUUAAACCUAUUUGGUCUUUGUUGUUCACCAGUUUUUUGGGGUGGGUCUUUUUCCUUCUCGUUUAGCGUGGGUUACUGGCCUUGUGACAUCAUGGGCUGUUUGCAAAUGUUUCCUUCCUUAUUUAUUGGUAAUUUGGCCUUGGAAAAUUGUCAUGAAAAUAAAAGUUGUGAUUGGUCUAAAAAUGCCCA